UUUUAUUUUCAUUCGCUCUCCUCUUCCGCGGGCGCUCAGGCGGUCGCGUAGCUCAGCGCCCCUCUCGCACCCGGGUUCCUCCGGUCACUGCAGGCGCCACCGAUUUAGUCUCCGGGGGCGCCGGGGGGCCGUCCGGGGGUGGGGCCGCCCGGGCCGCACUUGGAGGGGAAGUUACGCCGGCGCCUGGCAACCCCAGCGAACCCUGGCAGGUGUAAGAUUCCUCGUUUCCCUGGGCGUUUAAGAAGGAAAGAGUUGCGCAACCGGAAGUUCCGCCUCCUGGCCGAGCGCUUCCUGUUUGGUAACUAAGGGCGCGGGACGGUUGCUAGCGCUCCGGAGGCAAUUACACCGAAGCUUCGUGGGAACCUCGGGUGCUGGUCCUGGGCCUUUUCUCCACAGGGUUCCCUUUGCCAUCAUGAGUAGCGACUUUCUGUCAGGGCUGCACUGGGACGAUGGCUUCGCCAUCCCUGUGGCGAACCAGGAGAACAAGAUACUGGAAGAUCAGUUGUCAAAGCUGCAGGAUGAGAAGUCAUACUUGCAAAAUCAACUACGUGUCUACGAAGAACGAAUUAAUGCUAUAGCUUCUCAUUUAAAAAAUGUUAGACAAGAGUUCUUAUAUACACAGUCUCUUUGCAAAGCCAGGGAACAUGAGAUUGAAAGUGAAGAGCAUUUUAAGACCAUUGCAGAAAGAGAGCUGAGUCGAGUGAAAAAUGAAAUCCGAAGACUGGAAAAUGACAUCACUUUAAUACGGGAAAAGAAAAGCGAUAAGGAAAAUCAGAUAUUUAAACUUACUCAAAAAUUGGAUGAUUUGAAACGUCAAAUGAACUGGGACCAGCAGGCAUUGGAGGCCUGGUUAGAAGAAUCAGCUCACAAAGAUAGUGAUGCCCUCACUCUCCAGAAGUAUGCACAACAAGAUGAUAAUAAAAUUAGGGCACUGACCCUGCAAUUAGAAAGGCUGACUUUGGAAGGUAAUCAGAAAAGAAAGGUACUUGACAAUGAAACUACAGAGACUCUAAGUGCACAGUUAGAAUUGGAUAAAGCAGCGCAAGAUUUUCGUAGGAUUCAUAAUGAGAGACAAGAACUCAUUAAACAGUGGGAAAGCACAAUAGAACAGAUGAAGAAGAGAGAUCGAGACAUUGAUAACUGUGCCUUGACAUUAGCAAAGAUAAAACAGGAAACAAGAGAAAAAGAAAAUUUGGUUAAGGAAAAGAUCAAGUUUUUGGAAAGUGAGAUUGGAAAUAACACAGAGUAUGAGAAAAAAAUUUCUGUUGCUGAUCGUAAAGUUUCAAAAUGUAGAAAAGAAUACCAGCAGCAUGAAGUUCAUAAAAAUCAGCUGAAGGAUGAGCUGGAUGUUUUAAAAGCCACUGUGAAUAGAAGUUCCAGUGAAGUAGAAGCUCUGAGGAAAAAUACUUCCAAAAUAAAGAAGGAUAUUGAGGGAGAAACAACAAGGUUACAAAGAAUUAAAAAAUCUAAUGAGAAUGCAAAAGAAAAUUUAGAGCAGAUAACUGAGAAAACUAUGUCAGCAGAAGAGAAAGCUACCAAUUUGGAAGAUAUACUAAAGGAGGAGGAAAAAAGUGUGAAGGAAGUAGAAAUUCAAUUGACCAUAUUGAAAGGUGUGCUAUUUAAGAUAGGUCAUGAAUUACAGACUGAGACAAUGAAAGAAAAAUCUCUUAUAUCAGAAAUUGAAGGAACCCGUUCCUCUCUAAAGCGCCUCAACCAACAGCUACAUAAACUGGAUUUUGAAACCUUGAAGCAGCAAGAAAUUAUGUACAGUCAGGAUUUUCACAUUCAACAAGUGCAACGCCGAAUGUCACGGUUAAGGGGAGAAAUUAAUUCAGAAGAAAAACAAGGUCUUCAAGUAAAAAUUGUUGAACUUAAAGAGACGUUGGAAGAGAGAAAUUCUACAUUUGGCACUUUGGAAACACAGAUCAAGAAGCUUCAUAAUGAUCUUUACUUUAUCAAGAUGUCAAACAGUAAAAAUUUUGAUGAAAAAAAGUCCCUCAUGACCAAAAUAAAUGAACUAAACCUUUUCAAUGAAAGAUCAGAGAAAGAACUUAGUAAAGCUCGAGCUUUGAAGCAGGACUUGAUGAUUGAAGACAGUCUUUUAAAACUUGAAGCUAAACGUGCUCGUGAAUUGCUUCACAGUAAAGCAGAAGAAGUUCUUUCUCUGGAAAAAAGAAAGCAGCAAUUACAAACAACUAUGGAAGAACGAACUGAAGAAAUUAAGGUUCACAAAACUAUGCUUGCAUCACAAAUAAGAUAUGUCGAUCAAGAAAGGCAAGCCAUAAGUGCUGAGUUUCAUGAGCGGCUAAGUAAAAUUGAUAAACUGAAGAAUAGAUAUGAAAUUCUUACUGUUGUUAUGCUGCCUCCUGAAGGAGAAGAGGAGAAAACACAGGCCUAUUAUGUAAUAAAGGCUGCUCAAGAAAAAGAAGAACUUCAAAAGGAAGGUGACAGUUUGGAUGCUAAGAUCAACAAAGCUGAAAAAGAAAUCUAUGCUCUAGAAAACACCUUACAAGUGCUGAACAGUUGUAACAACAAUUUCAAACAAUCUUUUAAAAAAGUGACACCAUCUAGUGAUGAGUAUGGACUAAAAAUCCAACUAGAAGAACAGAAAAGAGUUGCUGAUGAAAAAUACAGAUACAAACAAAGACAAAUUAGAGAGCUACAGGAAGACAUCCAGACCAUGGAAAAUACUUUAGAAAUUAUAGAACAUUUAACACAUAAUGGCAAAGAAAAAUUAUCGGAGAAGCAGGCUUAUUCACUUCAACUAAAUAAAGAAAUUGAGGAGCAGAAGCCAAAAUUAGAGAGAGUAACUAAACAGUGUGCAAAACUCAUUAAAGAGAUCCGUCUUUUGAAAGAAACAAAAGAGGAAACACUAGAAGAAGGAGACAUCAAACUUCGCGAACUGAAACAGUUUCACCAGGUCAUUGAUGGAAUGCUAGCUGAUGUCACAGCAAACGCCGAGAUCCACGUUAUCCUUCAAGCAUACUUUCAACAGAAAGGUCUGGAACUCCCUACAGCUAGGACCAAACACGGGCGGCAGAGAUCUCCUUCACAGGCUUCACUGUUGUCACUAAGGUCGUCUAGGAGUUCUGCUUCUCAGACUUCGCUGAACAUAUUAGAGCUAACCUUCCCACUCUCUUCUUCACCAUCUGGCAGCACUUUUAGGUUAACUAGUUCUGGCAGUAGUAGUUCCAGUAAUGAUAAAAACAAAAAGAGCAGCAAGUAAACAUUUUAAUCUCUCUUGAACAAACUAUAAACAAAAUAACUCAAAUUUCACUUUU